AUGUCUGCAACUCCUUUCAUCCAAUUCCUAGGUCCAACAAACCUCGAUGGGUAUGAUCGCAAACUUCCCGCAUCAGAGCAACCCGAUCAUAUUCCCAAAACCUUCCUAGACGCUAUGGAAGUUCGAGAAGCUGUCUUCGUCCAAGAGCAAGGGGUUCCUCUCGAGAACGAGUUUGAUUCCGACGACCCUCGAGCUUGCCACUGGGUCAUUUAUGCUUCAGUCAACGAAACAACUGAUCCUGAAGUCAAGGAUGAUGAUGGUAAUAUAUUACAGAGAAAGAAGAGUAGGACUACAUCUCAACCUAUUGGCACAAUUCGCCUGGUACCAUUUCCACAUCCACCACAUCCUGAACCAGGUUCCAGCUAUCAUGCUGAUGCGCUGGAAACGGCCCCGAUUCCCGAUGGCACAAUUCCACCUCCUUACAUUGUCGAUCGAGCAACUACAUAUCAUGACGGAGUCGAACCAUAUAUAAAACUGGGUAGAAUUGCAGUCAUCAAGGAUUGCAGGGGUGCUGGCAUCUCCAAAUUACUGGCAGGCGCAGCUAUGUCGUGGGCGCAACAGAACCCUACAUUCUUUAAUCCAUCUGUUGCCACAAUGGGAAUGGAAAAUGUUGGAGCUUCGACCACAGAAGAAAUACCUGUGUGGAAAGGUUUGAUGUGUGUUCACGCACAGGAACAGGUUGCGCCAGCUUGGGCUAAAUGGGGAUUUAAGAUUGAUGAGAAGAUGGGAACUUGGGACGAGGAAGGAAUCAAGCAUGUUGGAAUGUUCCAAAGAGUGAAGACGCUUAGCAUUGCACCUACGAUAUAA